GUACGGUACGGUACGGUGGUGUUUCUCGGAGAAAUCCAAUUGCUGAUAAACCCUAGAAGAAGAAGGAAUCUGAAUUGAAGAAGUUGAAGCUGAAUUCGUAGUAGAGAUUGUGAGAUGGGAAAUGAUAGAAAUAGCAAUGGAGGUUCAAAUUUGGGAGGAGGAAUUAGGGCGAAGAUGGAGCACUAUGUUUACAGUGGGGAGAAGAAACAAGUUUUGGCUGGGAUUGGGAUUAUCAGCAUCAUCUUCGGAAUCCCAUGGUAUCUAAUGAAUCAAGGAUCAAAGCAUCGUUCUCACCAGGAUUACUUGGAAAAAGCCGAUAAAGCUCGAAAAGCACGUCUCUCAUCAUCUUCAUCCUCGGAUAACUAGGCAUCGAGUCUACAGUGAAAGAGAGUCUCACAAGUUAUUUUUUUUUUUACGUGUUUCCAGAGAGCUUUCUCUAUGGUUCCCCAGAUGGGAAGAAUUGUUGAUCGAUAACUGAUUUUAUGUUAAGAGUCGUGACUUUUAGAUUAAAUUGUGUCGUUUAGUUAUAAAACCACAAGACACAUCUAUUCAGUUGUUGUGUCUGUUUGCUACGUAUAUAAACCUAUUGUAUCAUGGAUGUAAAACCACAGUUUGAGAACAAUAAAAAGUUCUUUCUUAUA